CUGGCACCGGUGAACAGCGUUCACCCCGAAUGCCAAAUUCAUCUGGAAAUACAGGAGGAGGAAACAAAAUGUGCAGAACUUCUAACGGCUCACACAGCGACACACAAAGCCUGCAGCGGAGUCUGGGACAACCUCACGUGCUGGCGCCCCGCGGACAUCGGCGAGACCGUCACGGUGCCCUGCCCCACGGUGUUCAAGGUGUUCAGCAGCCUCCACAGCAAACCAGGGAACAUCAGCAAGAACUGCACGAGCGAGGGCUGGUCGCAGACCUUCCCGGACUUCAUGGAUGCGUGCGGCUACCGUGACCCCGAGGACAGGAGCCAGAUCACGUUCUAUGUUCUGGUGAAGGCCACUUACACCCUGGGCUACAGCGUCUCUCUGGCUUCCCUUACUACAGGAAGCGUAAUCCUUUGCCUCUUCAGGCGGCUGCACUGCACCCGGAACUACAUCCACCUCAACCUGUUCCUCUCCUUCAUCCUGAGGGCCGUCUCGGUGCUGGUCAAGGACGACGUGCUGUACUCCGGCUCCAGCACCCUGCACUGCCCCGACCAGCUGGCCUCCUGGGUGGGCUGCAAGCUGAGCCUGGUGUUCUUCCAGUACUGCAUCAUGGCCAACUUCUACUGGCUGCUGGUGGAGGGGCUGCACCUGCACACCCUCCUGGUGGCCAGCUUCUCCCCCGGCCGCCGCUUCCAGGCCUAUCUCCUGAUCGGGUGGGGCAUCCCGGCCGGAUGCACGGGGGCAUGGGCCGUGGCCAGGCUCUGCUUGGAAGACACAGGUUGCUGGGAUACCAACGAGCACAGUGGCCCCUGGUGGGUGAUCCGAACCCCAAUUCUAAUCUCAAUUCUCGUCAAUUUUAUCCUUUUUGUGAGUAUCUUACGGAUUUUACUGCAGAAGUUGACGUCCCCAGAUGUCAGAGGCAGUGAGCAGUCACAAUAUAAGAGGCUGGCCAAGUCCACCCUGCUGCUCAUCCCGCUCUUCGGCAUCCACUACAUGGUGUUUGCCGUGCUGCCCACGGGCACCUCCUCCAGAUACCGGCUCCUGUUUGAGCUGUGCGUGGGAUCCUUCCAGGGCCUGGUGGUGGCCGUUCUCUACUGCUUUCUCAACAGCGACGUGCAGAACGAGCUGAGAAGGAAGUGGCAGAGCCUGUGCCCACGCCAGCCCUCGGGGUGGGGCGACCAGCUCCACAGCCUGUCCAUCUCCAGGAACGGCUCUGAGAGCACCCUGCCUUCCCACCGCGGCUCCCACUCCCCGUCCUUCCUGCAGACUGAGACCUCGGUCAUCUAG